AGUGCAUGAAAUAUUUUACAACCGGUUUUCUCGAGACUAGAAUACCCGGCUGUAUAUCGUGGCUUUUUGGCGGGCGCAAUUUCUUUGGCGGUUUCUUAACUCUUAUCUUUAAAUCUGAAGCAUAUAUCACGUAUAAAUGGGUGAUAAGGACGGCGAAACUUUUGAUGAUGCAGUGGAAGAACGUGUUAUUAAUGAAGAAUACAAAAUAUGGAAAAAGAAUACACCAUUUUUAUAUGAUCUUGUAAUGACACAUGCUUUGGAAUGGCCAUCUUUAACUGCACAAUGGUUACCAGAUGUAACUAGACCAGAGGGAAAAGAUUAUUCUGUUCAUCGUUUGAUCCUCGGUACGCAUACGUCGGAUGAACAAAAUCAUUUGCUAAUAGCAAGUGUUCAAUUACCUAAUGAGGACGCUCAGUUUGAUGCUUCUCAUUAUGACAAUGAGAAAGGUGAAUUUGGAGGAUUCGGUUCUGUAAGUGGAAAGAUAGAAAUUGAAAUAAAAAUUAAUCAUGAAGGAGAAGUGAAUAGAGCCCGAUACAUGCCACAAAAUCCUUGCGUUAUAGCAACGAAAACUCCAUCAAGCGACGUUUUAGUAUUUGAUUACACAAAACAUCCUAGUAAGCCAGAUCCAAAUGGCGAAUGUCAUCCAGAUCUAAGGUUACGAGGACAUCAAAAAGAAGGCUAUGGAUUAUCAUGGAAUCCAAAUCUUAAUGGGUAUUUGUUGAGUGCAUCAGACGAUCAUACAAUUUGUUUGUGGGAUAUUAAUGCUACUCCUAAAGAAAAUCGUGUAAUCGAUGCCAAGACCAUUUUUACAGGACAUACAGCUGUUGUAGAGGACGUUGCAUGGCAUUUAUUACACGAAUCUCUGUUUGGGUCGGUUGCGGAUGACCAAAAAUUGAUGAUCUGGGAUACGAGAUGCAAUAACACUAGUAAACCAAGUCAUACAGUCGAUGCUCAUACAGCAGAAGUUAAUUGUUUAAGUUUCAAUCCAUAUUCAGAAUUUAUACUUGCCACUGGUAGUGCGGACAAAACAGUAGCGUUAUGGGAUUUAAGGAAUUUAAAAUUAAAAUUACAUUCCUUUGAAUCUCAUAAAGACGAAAUCUUCCAAGUUCAAUGGUCACCACAUAAUGAAACCAUAUUAGCAAGUAGCGGUACAGAUAGGCGUUUGCAUGUAUGGGAUCUUAGCAAAAUUGGAGAAGAACAGUCUACUGAAGAUGCCGAAGAUGGCCCACCUGAAUUAUUGUUUAUACAUGGGGGACACACUGCAAAGAUUAGUGACUUUUCAUGGAACCCUAAUGAACCUUGGGUAAUAUGUUCAGUAUCAGAAGAUAAUAUAAUGCAAGUUUGGCAAAUGGCAGAAAACAUUUACAAUGAUGAAGAGCCAGAUACACCAGCUAGUGAACUUGAAGCUGGUGCUUCAUAAAUCGGAAGAAUAAUUUAUUAUGUCAUCUGACAUCGAAGUCAAGUACUGAAUAGUACUGUUGACUAUUGAAAUGAACAUUAUUGAAUCAUAAACGGCAUUAAAAAUGGUGAUUUAUAUAUUUGUAAGAUCUAAAAAAAAAAAAAAAAAAAAAAAAA